UUUUUAGUGAACAUUAAAGUUGUGUAUCACUACAUUUUUGUUUUGUAUUUUCAGAACAUAAAAAUGAAUGAAGAUCAAAUGAAAACAGAGAGUAAAAAGAUUUUCCCAUGCAUCCUUUGCAAAAAAAGAACAAGGCCAAAUGACAGAAAAAAAUGUGAGUCGACAGCAAUCCGUCGCUUCCUCAGAAAGAACUUUCUUGUUGAGGCAAACUCAAAUGACAUUUUGUGCAACAAGUGCAGACAUCGCUACCAUGGAAACCAGAAAACAUGCCAGCAGAAGUCUAGUUCCCUUCCUGUGUGUCAGCCUCUACAACCAGGAAUGUGCAGUCCACCAUCUAUAUCUUUGCCUCUCCAGAGAACACCUUCUUCACAUGCUUACUGCUUAAUCUGCAAGCGACCGGGUCCUAAACUUGUUGUCGUGUCUUCAGCAGCUAGAUUUUCAGCCUUUCUUCACCAUGAAAUCAUCAUCCCACCUGGAAGCAGAUGUUGUCCAUCCCACAUUGAUGAAGGAGAGUUUAGACCUGGUGUUUUGACCAAAAUACAGACAUUCGAGUCUUCAUUUGUAAACAAGUCGACAGUGCUGGAACUGAUCCAAAAAAUACGAAAUUAUGCCCUCCAGACCUCAACAAGCAGAUUUUCUUUUGAACUGUCUACCAUGAGCAACAGUGAUUAUAUGGCACUGACUAGUAUCUCUAAAGAAAACUUUGAAGACCUCCAUUCCUUUAUUUCCAGUGAUAUUCGAAACACACAAAACCGAGGCACAAGGAUGUCACUUGGAAUCUUUCUUCUGAAACUGACAACCUUAGAUGCCAAUGCCUCUCGUCUGGUCACCAAGUUUUAUGAGUGGUGCUUGUUCUUAACUUUUCAGAUUCGUUGGGUUGUUGAGGCAGCCAAUGCAAGGAUAAAGCGAUGGAAGUACCUUGCUCAUGUUCUUCCAACCAAUCAAGUGCCAUUUAUCGGUGACUAUGUGCGCAUCGUGUGUGCCCUCUCCAACCGUUACUGCAAGCCUCUGUCGACAGGAAGUGAAGAUGAAGACAUGGCCCUUGCAUGCAAAAUGAGGUAUUUGUCAACAAAAGUUAACUCUUUAAAGACAUUUGUUGAAGAAAACUGUCUGGAUAAGAAGUCUGUAAAGUGGGAAGUGGCUACUGAUUCUUUGGAAUUCCCCAACAUCAGCGAAGAUGACAUACGAAAUCUGACCUGUGGAGUUUAUCAACUGAAGUUGUGUCCAAGUUAUAUUCAGGAGUAUUUGGAGGGGGAUGUGGAUAUCUUGGUUCACAGUGAGUUCCAUGGGCUUAUCAGGGUCAAGCUACAGAGUCGUCAUGUUUCUUCCCGACAGUAUCUGCUCUGGAUCCAGUUUUCCGAGUCUGAUAUCACUGCAUGGUAUUGCAGAUGUCGAGCGGGUGCCCGGGUUGUGGGAGUAUGUUCCCAUGUCGCCGCCGUUAUCUGGUUUCUCGCUGUUGGGAGACACAACAGGGAGGCUAUUUCGUCUAUUCAAGACUGGUCCGAGUUUGUCACUGAUGCAGCUGUCAUUGACGAAUCUGAGGACAGUGAUGACAGUGAGGUAGAGGAGUAACUGAGUUCAUUUUUCUUCUUCUAGUGAUUAAUCAGACUCUGUUGGUAUC